AUGGUUAGAAUACUAGUUGAUUCAGGCAGUGUUGAAGCCAAUGAAGAAAUGACUAGCACUGAUGCUAAUGUUGAUGUAAGAAGGUCUCAUAGGGCCAGACAACCUUCACAGACCUUGAGAGAUUAUGAGGUUUACAUUGAUGAUCAGAUCACAGAUGAAGGUGAUCUAGUACACCUAGCCUUGUAUGCAGAUACUGAACCAAUGAGCCUUAAUGAAGCAAUGAAGGAUCCAAAAUGGAUUUUUGCUAUGAAAGAAGAAAUGAACUCCAUUGAAAAGAAUCACACCUAUGAUCUGAUGGACACUUUGAAGAAGAAGUCUUUGUUGAACAACCUCUUAGAUUUCAAAUUGCUGGUCAAGAAUGAAAGACUUGUUGAUCCUGUGCCUCUCUAUGUUGAUGACUUACUGAUCACAAGAAGCAACAAGUUUGAGAUUGACAAGAUUAAGCAGUUACUAAUGAAGCAAUUCGAGAUGACUGGUGUAGGUCCUUUAUCUUAUUUCCUUGGAAUUGAAUUCAAAGAAACUAAAAUUGGAAUCCUUAUGCAUCAAAGCAAAUAUGCAACAAAUCUUCUGAAAAGGUUCAAUAUGGUAGAAUGUAAUGCAACAACCACACCUAUAGAGAUGGCAAUGAGCUUGAAAGAUGAAGGAGAACUUGUUGAUACUACACUUUACAAACAGAUUGUUGGUUCACUGAGGUAUUUAUGCAAUACAAUACCUGAUUUAGCUUUCAAUGUUGGCCUUAUCAACAGAUUUAUGCAAGCUCCAAAGACCUCUCAUAUGAUGACUGCAAAGAGGAUAAUGAGAUACAUUAAAGGAACCAUAAACUAUGGUGUCUUGCUCUCCAACGAUAGUACCAAAACAAAUGCAAAACUGUUUGGCUAUACUGAUUCAGACAGGAGAAGAGAUAAUGAUGAUAGGAAAAGUACUUUUGGGUACAUCUUCUUGUGUGGUGAAGCACCAAUCAAUUGGUGCUCAAAGAAGGAAGACCCUGUGGCCUUAUCUACCUAUGAAGCAGAAUACAUAGCUGACUCAAUGUGCUCUUGUCAAGGAUUGUGGUUUGGAAAGCUUCUCAAAGAGAUGAAGAUACAAUAA